UGAAGAUCUCUAGAUCCUUAGGCAUUUGAAUACGUGCCAGCCUCAAACGUUUGAAGGUUGUUCCUCUGAGAUGUUUCAUCAGUGACAUCACAGUGCUUGCCACCUCCCUCAGACUACAUUAGGUCCUGCCCAGAGUCUGGGACUCCAGAGAGCCUGGGAGACGAGCGGGAGUUGGAGCCCAAGUUGGAGAAAGAGAAGAAGCCUAUCCCAGCCACUUGUGUCCUUGACCCUCCUCAGGUGAGGACAAGCAGGACGUCUGUGGUGCGCCCUCAGGAGUCUGCCUUCAGUUCUCACCGAGCCAACUCAGAAUGGGGAUAUCCACUCGAGAGCUGUUCCUCAACUUCACUAUUGUCCUGAUUACCGUUAUUCUCAUGUGGCUCCUUGUGAGGUCCUAUCAGUACUGAGAAGCCAUGUCACGCUCCUGGGAUUGACUGCAUCUCUCCAGAGCUGCCUGCCAUAUGCCCUGAGCUCCCAUUGCUGUCAUGGGAUGCCUCUCUUGGCACCCCGAGGCACUUCUGACCCUCCCUCACGAUAUCCAAGGUGCCUCCAGUGUUAGGAUCAAUUGUGGGUACUCUAAAGAUGCUGUUCUCAAGGGCUGCUAAGUAUUUGCCAGUGAGCAUUAGAUUUACUCCUCAACUCUUCCUUCAGAUGUGUUAGACAAGCCACAAGGUUAAAACUAAAUGAUUCAUGAUGAUGUAGAAUUGUAACAAGCCCCUGAUAUGUCUUACCCACACAUCCCUUCAACCCACACUGUCUGCAACCAAACUCUAAAUCAACUCACCAGAAGAAAGAAAUGUUAGAGGAAGUCGUUGUCAACCCCUAUAG